AUGUACUCCACUCAGCCGAACGGAGCUGAUAGUGCGACAAUCAACCCAGCUGCCCUCAACUCUCCUGACCUGCUCAACGCAAGCACUCGCGGCAUCAAAAGAAGCCGCUCCCCGGACAACUUCCAGGGAAAUACACCUGCAGGUAUUGCUGGUGACUCCAACCCGAGAAAACGUGGCAAGUCAAUGAAGUCCAGAUCAUCCGGUGCCAUCUCCGAGACUGCCGGUCAGGUCCCAGUAACCAAUAUGCCUCAAAAUAUUCCACCGCCGCAAACCCCUCAGAACCAGAACGCGCCGCUGCCGGGGGGGCAGGCUGUCAAUUACGCGCCUGCUCAGGCCUCUCCUCCGCCCAAGACGACCCCUACGAAGACGACCUUGAAAGCUCUUCCCACAGUUAGAGAUCACACCACCGACCAGCUGAACCCCGCCGGUGACGAGUACCUCCCGAGAGAAAUUGAUGAAUUUGGAGAGAAGAAGGUGAUGCCGAAUGGUCAGCUUCUGGGCGGUCGCGAAUACAGAUGUCGAACCUUUUUGGUUCCCAACCGGGGCGACAAGCUCUUUAUGCUGGCAACUGAAUGCGCGAGGGUUUUGGGGUAUCGAGACUCGUACCUGCUCUUCAACAAGAACAGGUCGCUCUUCAAAAUCAUUGCCAGCCAACCCGAGAAGGAUGACCUCGUCAGCCAGGAGAUCCUUCCCUUUUCGUACCGAUCGAGACAAAUUGCCAUCGUCACAGCCCGAUCCAUGUUCCGCCAAUUUGGAAGUCGCGUCAUCGUCAACGGUAGAAGAGUUCGUGACGACUACUGGGAGACCAAGGCCCGUAAACAAGGAUUCACAGAGGCCGACCCCGCUGGCGAGAAGCGCCCUGGAGCGGCCAAGGCCAGAGAAGCCGCAGCCGAGGCACAGAACCAGGUCCUACUGGGCGGCCCUCACGGUGAAAUCGUCUACAGCAACACGCCCAGCCAGUUCCCCGGCGCCCCUCAACCCCAAAUCGUCCAACCAGGUAUGCUUGGACCGCCAACCGGAACCACGACCAGAAUGCCCGUGAUAACACUAGGAUCAGAGCUCAGCGACAACCGCCCUCGCGACUACAGCGGAAUUCUCAAGGGUGGCCCACGCCAGGAGAUCACCGGCCCGGCUUACCAGGACCAAACACGACCUGCUCAGAUUGGAGAGAUUCAUGCUCAGGCUCACCACGCCGCUGAGUACAAUCGGUCUCUCAACCAGCAACGGGACAUGCGCGGUGACUACCUCCAAGGCAUUUGGAGACGGCCGCAUGAGCAGCCCCAAUCGACCAAUCUAGCCCAAAACGUUGCCACGAGCGAAGCCGCCGUUCCCACCACGCGAGCAACGCAAUCGCCGCAUACGACGGCGAGCAAUAUGCCGCCGCAGUCCGGCAUUGUGCCCAACCAAAGUCCGCAGAUGAUGAUGACAGCCCCGCCCUACUCUCAAUCGAUCCAUGCGCAGAAUCCGAUCAGUCAGGCUCCGAUGAGAGGUAUGGCCCAACCAUCUUCCCAAAAGAACAACAAGCCAACGACUUUGCCUGCAGCAGGGAGUGCAAGCAACAUACCUCAGGGUGCCCAGGGCUAUCACUACCCCGGGACUGGCCAAAUGUGGCCCCAGACGCAGCAGAACCCGCAACAACACAACUACUCUGGGUACACGACACAGGGCCAGCAACCCCAUCAACAGUCGCCGGCACCUCAACUACGACAUGCGUCCAGCGGCGUGCAGCCAGGGAUGCAGUUUUCGGGAAUGCCAGGCAUGGGACAAAGCUACGGUGCCGCCAGCCAGGGGAUUUACCCGACAGACCAGACCCCUCGUCAGUAUAUGCCCCAGCCGAACCAGGGAUCUCCGGCAGUGACACAGGCCUGGUCCAACCAGCAAACGCCAGCCCAGUGGUGGACGAACCAGCCUCAAUGA